AUGAAGAUCAGUCAGCCUGAGUGUCUCUGUCUGAUUCUGCUGCUUCACCAACUAACCACUGUCUCCACAUUGGAAAGGUUUGAGGUUCUUGGUCCAGCUGAUCCUGUAGUUGCUGUAGCUGGUGAAGAUGUUGUUCUGCCCUGUUACCUCAAACCCAACAUCAGUGCUGUGGACCUGAGUGUUGAGUGGUUCAGAGUUUGGACUGAUGACCCACUUGUACAUCUUUACCGGGAUCAUGAGGACAGAAAUGAGAAUCAGAUCCCAUCUUACAGGGGAAGGACAUCACUGUUCCCUGAGGAACUGAGGAACGGAAACACUUCACUAAAAGUGAAAAAUGUGCGAGGAUUUGACAAUGGAGAGUAUAAAUGUCUUGUCCAGUCGGGGAAAUUUUAUGAUGAUUCUUCCAUUGAAGUUUAUAUUAAAGCAAUAGGAACCAGACCAGUGAUCUCCAUUGAGGGAUAUAAACAAGGAGGGAUCAGUCUGGUGUGUGAAUCUAAAGGCUGGUACCCUCAGCCUGAAGUGGUCUGGAUGGACAGUGAAGGACACAGUCUCCCUGCUGGACACACAGAGACACACACAGACAGUAUGGACCUCUUCAUCGUGAGACGAAGUGUUAUUGUACAGGAGACAAAGACCAACAGGUUCACCUGUCAAGUUCUACAACAGGACUUAAAUGAAAUGAAAGAGACAAUAACUAACAUCCCUGGUGAGAUGUUUCAUCGUGCCCAUCCCUGGAAGGUGACCUUUGCUGUGAUCUUCAGUCUGGCUGCUAAUGGACACGAAAGACACCGAGACGAGUCCAGACUGACUGCAGUAUCUGAUUCCGUGUGUCUCAUUUUUAUUUCUCUCUCUACAGAACUUCUGAAGGCACAAAGAUACGCAGUUGAUGUGACUCUGGACCCUGAUACAGCACAUCCUAAACUUAUCUUGUCUCAGGACAGGAAACAAGUGAGACAUGGAGACACAUGGCAAGAUUACCCUGACAAACUAGAGAGGUUUAAUAAUGUUGUCAGUGUCCUGGGAAAAGAGGGGUUUUCUUCAGGGAAACAUUACUGGGAGGUGCAGGUUGAGGACAAGAAUAAGUGGACUUUAGGAGUGGCCAGAGAGUCCAUCAGCAGGAAGGGAAAAAUUUCAUUGAGUCCAAAUAAUGGUUACUGGACUAUCUGGCUGAGGAAUGGAAAUGUAUACAAGGCUCGUGCUGAUCUUUCUGUGUCCCUCAACCUGAGUGUGAAGCCCCAGAAGGUGGGGGUGUAUGUGCACUAUGAGGAGGGUCAGGUCUCCUUUUACAGUGUGGAGGACAAGUCUCAUAUCUACACUUUCUCUGGAUAUAAAUUCACUGAGAAACUCUAUCCAUAUUUCAGCCCCUGUACCAAUGAUGAUGGUACAAACUCAACCCCAUUGAUCAUAUCUCCUGUUAGUGACACAGGCUGAAGAAACUGAAUUUAGCUUUUAUUGUUCAGGUCAUAAUGCCAAAUUCUGAUUUA